AUGCUCCGCGACGAGCUUCUCCGGUCUAAGAAGGAUGAGAUCGCAAACUGUUUGUUGUCGCGUAAGCGAAAACUGACCGAAUUGUAUUAUGCGACCGUGGGUUUUGAGGGUGCGACCGCCGAUUCGCUCUAUAAUCAAAAGGAACAGGCGUUUCUCGACGCCAACGACCUCUCUAGAGGUCGUUACUUUGACGAAUCUACAUUACCAUCGCCUGCCCACGCGCGCGCGCGAGACACCGCUAAGAAAGCGAUCGCAUCGACAUCAACAAGUGCGACAAAGCCCCAGCCACCUCUUGAUACCGCCCCGGCGCCGAUCACAGAUGGCGAAGCUCCCUCAAGCCCGACCAAAUCCACCCAGCGCGAAAAGCCUCAUCCGACCUUGCCAGAAACUUCGAAGUCUAUAGCAUCAACUUUAAAAGAUACGAAGGACAUUGUCGAUUCACCAGAUCCUAUUAGUAGCCCGCAAGCAUUCCUGGGACAGGGCGUUCCGGUCGACGCCGCACCAUUCAAACCAAGCGUUGAACAACCAAAUAUAUCAGUGCCGGAAAUUCCAAUCAGCUCCCAAGGACAGGAUGGAGCAGACGUUAAGAUCUCCCCGAAGGCAGUCAAACCGGCUACGGCAAUCACCACAUCCUCAGCGGAGUCGGGUGGUAUCUCUGACUCUCUGCUGCGAAAGAAAACCGACCCACGACCCACCCUCACAAUAGGCCCUUCAACCACCGACCAGCCACUCUCACCCGCCUCAUCUAUCGAUCCAUACUCUAAUAAUACGCCGGCUCCCGUCACUGCAUCUCCCGUCACCAGUCCAGGCGAGGAAGCGACAGAGGCUGGGAAGAUUGGCCGCCCGAGUCCCAGGCAUGAUCGAUCUCUGCAUCCUCGUCGAAGUUUAAUACCCUCGACUCCCGAUGAGCAGUUGCGGAUGGAGGAAGCACAGUCAAUGCAGAAUGCGGAGGAAGCUCAGGCUGCUUUGCUUUCUAAGGCGGAUGUGAACGAAAAUGACGUGGGCACAGUUUCGAAUGAGGACGCAAUGGAAGUCGACCAACCACCUUCAACGGACGACGUGGAGGAAAAAAUCCAAGAUACAGCCAUCCCAUCUGUUGCAGACGAUCUCUCACCCACCGAGCGCCCUGCUGAAACAACAGAACCCGUUGAAAACGGCGACAAUGUAUUAGCGGAUAAGGAACAGGUAGUGAUUCCACCUACCCAACCCGAGACUUCGCAACCUGAAAGAAUGACGACUCGCGUAUCAUCAGGCGCCAUUCGCCAUAAAUCCGUCUCGGAAAUUCUGGGAGAAACGCCGCGCACACCUCACGCAGCUAGUGAACAUGACACGCCUGAUAGUGUUUCGCGAAUGCGAUUAAAAGAUCGCAAGGAUCGUGAGAAGGAGAGAACUCGCCUCGCCACCGUUGUCUUCCCUAAUAAGACCCCACAGCAAGAUAAAGCGGAUUCACAGGAACUUAUUCACCGAGACUCGGGGGAGGCUAUUGUCAAAAUGAACGAAGAGCAGGAUUAUCUAUUCACUUUGUUCCUGAAUAGGGCCUAUGCGCCCCCACGGGGAAUGAAUAUGAAUACUCUCCUAGCAUCUGCUCAUAAGACUCUGAAUACUGGAAAUCACCUACUAGAAUACCAGGAACAGAUGGAUUGUCGAACAUUGCGCCGUAUAUACGCCCUCCAGAAUGCCAAUAGAUGGCCAUUGCGACAAAUGAAGCGAUCACCCGAACCUCCACGCCAAGGUGCUCACUGGGAUGUUGUUUUGGAUCAUAUGAAGUGGAUGCGCACGGAUUUCCGCGAGGAGCGAAAAUGGAAAAUUGCAGCUGCUAAGAGUUGUGCGGACUGGUGUGCUGAGUAUGUGAAUUGCGACGAGGAGCACCAGACUUUACUUCGGGUUAAUGCGAAGGUUCCUACGCCGACAUCUGGGACACAAGAUGCGACGAAGAUGGACGUGCCUUCUCCUGAGGAUACAAGUGAUGAAGCGGCUAUCUCACACCCCACGCCAGAUCUCGUUCCCUCUGCUGAAGAGGAAUCGGUUAGCGAUGGUUACAAUGAAGAAUCUCGACAUGACAUUCAUGAUACCGUUGCUCCCGCAGCUAUCUUUUCUCUUGGCUCUGAUGAGUUCAACUUCUCCAUUGAUAUGACCCCUGCCGCCGAGAAGCUGCUGGAUGAAUUGCCUUUAUACGAACCACUGCGGAUUCCAUCGGAUCCCAAAAACCCGAUUUUCAAGCAACUGCCAGAUUCAGUCUGGAAAACGGAGUUACUGCCGGUUUCUAAAUAUGCAAGCACCAGGAUCACCUUCCACAAUGGCCAACCCCCUCGCAAACGAAGCCGAUACGACUAUUCUCAAUAUGGUUCCGAUUUAGAGGCUAACAUCACUGACAUCCCUCCAGAGCAGACCAAUGUCGCUCUGUUCCGACCCGAAAACAAACCCAUCCGUGAUCGUAUUCAUCCUGGACACUCGUUUAGACCACCAACUGAACAUCCGAUGCCAUCGGUUGGGUUCUUCGAGUCGCGACAAUCUUCACAGUGGACCUUACCUGAAGAUGAUGAACUUCGUCGAUUAGUUAAGGAAUAUUCGUACAACUGGUCUUUGAUCUCAAGUUGCCUGAGCUCGCCAUCAUUAUUUACCUCGGGAGCCGAAAGACGGACCCCAUGGGAAUGCUUUGAGCGCUGGGUUGGGCUCGAAGGUCUUCCUGCUGAUAUGUCCAAGACACAGUACUUCCGGGCUUAUCACCAGAGGCUCGAGACUGCCCAGCGAACCGUGCUAGCUCAGCAACAGGCGGCCCAACAACAGCAACAGCAACAGCAGCAGGCUAAUGGUGGCGGCCAGGCGAUACCCCCUGUUCGUCGUCGGACAACCCAGCCUUUGCGCGUGGACAGGAGAAGGUCUUCUCGACACCUUGCAUUGUUGGAUGGGAUGCGUAAAUUGGCGAAGAAGAGAGAGACAAUUCUACAAAAACAACAACACGCUACUCAUCUCGCCUCGCUGAGAAAGGACAAUGAAGCUAAUAAACCCAAGCCGCCAAUCACAACCCCUGCCGAGUUCAGCCGCCUCAAAUAUGACCGCGAAAUGAAGUUGCAAGAAAGACAAGAACAGUAUCGUCAGCAGAUGAUUGCUCAGCAGAGAGCAAAUCUCGCCGCUCAACGUGCUGGUCAGUUGCCAAAUCAGCAACAACAGGGCGCACUGAACGCGCAAGGCCGAGCCCCCAACAAUCUACCACCGCACUCCGCCAAUGCCGCUAUGCCUAAUGGAACACCGAAUGGUGUACCUCCUAAUAUGCAGGCUGGCGCUGGCGUAAACCAAACUCGCCCACAGGCGAUACAGGGAAUGUCAUCAGGGGUAGCUCCGCCCAAUGGCCAGCUGCCAGCCAAUGCCAUGGCUAUGAAGAUGAUGCCUCAAGGUCAGAUUCCUCAAGGCGUGGGGGCCAGACCUGGCAUGCAAAUGCAAACAUCUCCAGAUAAUGCACGUGUCAUUCGAGAAGCCACCCGCCUACAGGAGCAACAGCGCCUUUUGCAGUCUCGACAGCAAUCUCAACAAGUCCCGCAACAAGGCCAGCCCCAACAAGCGCAGCAGCAAUUUCACAACCAACAGUUCGCGCCUCAGGGGUCACACUCGCCUAGUUUGAACAUGCCGAAUGUCAAUGGCGGUGCGAACAACCCGGCAAUGAUAGCGGCUCUUCAAGCCCAAGGAGGAAUGCAGAGUCCCUCUUUCCAUGGCGCCACUCCUCAGGGCGUUUCAACACCGUCUCCUCGUAUGGCUCAGCCUAAUCCCCUCUCUAGUGGCGUGGUCCCUACCAUCAGCACUUUCCAAAAUCAGAUUCAGCGAGCCAAUCCCAACCUUCCUGCUGAGCAAGUGAACAAAUUGGCCACAGACCGACUCAACCAGUAUCAACAACAGCGCAUGUCUCAACAAGCUGCAAUGAAUGCUGCUGCUGGAGGUAUGAACCAGGUUCAAGCCAACUAUCAAGUACCGCACGAUGGAGGCUUCCAAACCCCUCAACAGCCUGGCAUGCCCACUGGAAACCCGGCAAUGCAGGUACCCCAAAAUCAAGGAUUUUCUCCGAUGAUGCGGGUGCCUCAAGCUAAUCAGCAAAACCGGGUUGCUCCUACCAGUUCACCGGCAAUGAACGGCGCCGUUCCCCAGGCAAGCCGAAGCGCAACACCUCAAACUCAGCGCAGUGGAAGCGCUCAAGCUGGUCCCGUGCAAGGCUCUAGCAAAAGCCCCCAUCCACCACCUGCUCAGACGACUACGAGCUAA